GCCAGAGGUAUACUAUAGAUAAACAAAAUAGAUAUAAUGUAGACGUGUAAAGAGUGCCUUGACGGCGAAUUGGCCCGACGGCGAGUUGCCCAAAGGCGAAAUGGCAUGACAGCGAAGUGGCGACGGCAAAACGGCAGAAGUGGAUAGUCCUAUUCCCUGCAUUUCUUAGAAAUUGGGCAUGAGAACUGGAAAAGAAAUAUGUAUGCCCGAUUUCAAAAAUAAUAGAAACUAAAGAUCUCAUGGAACUACUUAGUAAACCCUAGACGAAUUUCAGAAUUUUCCGAACUCAUCAAAGGACUGAAAAGAAUGCUUAAACCUGAGGGCUGAAGGAACAUCAGAAUAAUAUAUGGAUAGCUACACCUCUGCUUAAACUUCUCACGGGUUAUCUAAGUGCUGUGACCUCACCCGUCAUAAGAAGACGCAGAAUUUAAACCACCGGUGGCUUAAACCUGGACUCAAACCCACGCGCUGGAUUGGAACAAUCUUCUUAGACUACUCAACCAACAGCAUUGCUUAUGACACAGGAACAUCCAACCUUAACUAACGAAUAUAAAUCCAGAGUGGUCUGUCUACCCACUCAAAAACACCGUAUAGGUGCUUCGCCAACCAUCACCAGUUUGCGAAACUCUACCAUCCCGAAAUUGUUCGCCACCCCCACAUACAAACCUCUCUGCACACAAAGCCACAAUAACAGGCGUCUACCAGGAAAACCGACGUCUCCCCUCUGUCACCGAGACCAGGAAAAAUACAAAAAAAUAGAAAACCUUUUCAUCGAAAGGCACAUGCGAGUCCCACCCCCGAUGUGCCCACCUACAGGUCUGUGUCUACACACCCACCUCUUCUACACCGCUACCAUCUGAACACCAGGAAUUUCCUCCACAGAUGUUCACGAUGUUAAUCAAGUAGUGUAUAGAAUCUCCGACACCAUGACGCACAGCGAAGCGUUUCUGACUGCCAAAUAUGGCAGUUUCCACACGGCCUUUACCAAUGAUUACCUUCUAAAGCAUGGGAACUUCUUCAUGAAACCCACCAUCCAUCCAGACGGCUUCAUGUACCCAGCUCUCAGCGACUCGGCCAGAUACCAGGUGUACAAGGACGUCAAGUUCGAGGUGCAAGAUCCCGACCUACCCCUGAAUUUCGCAAUCAAACAGGAGAAACCGCCGACACCUCCCACGCCUGCGUCCCCGACCCCGAUGAAAUCACCCUCCCCGACAGAUGCCAGAACGUCACCACAAUUGAUGAAUGGACAGUCCAAGAACAGUACCUGGAUCCUUGGCAAACAGAAACUGAGCUGGGACAAUUCCACAGUAGCGAGUUACAACCCCGACACUAAAAUGUUUCGGUGCGUUGUAUGCAAUGCUGUGGGUUUUCUUUCUAGAAUUGCUGAACACUACCUCGGGACGCAUACCAGUGCGAAGGUGUUCCAGUGCUUACAUUGUCCUUACAGCAGCACAUGGUCGCGGUGUGUGCGCAUGCACAUGGCUAAACAUCACGGUGUGCCGAAUGCUCCCCCAUCUUUAUGGAAAGGUCAGCCUCUUCUAGAAGAAAUCUUUCAGUUAUUGACCAAUCUAAAAACAACAGUUGAUAGUCAAGGUAGGGAGAGACUCGAUCCAGAACUUUGCGACAAAAAGUUUAUUUGUCCCAAAUGUCCUUAUACAACAGAUCGGAGAGACUUAUAUCUCCGUCAUGAAAAUAUCCAUAAAGAAGAUAAACCUUACCAUUGUUACAUCUGUUUUAAAUUAUUCAAUCGAGCAGACCACGUUAAAAAGCACUUCCUAAGGAUUCACCGAGGUCAUCCAUAUGACAUCAGCUUAGUCAGGAGGCGACCACCUAGAGUGCCAGCUUCUGUGGCUAAUACUAACGUGUCCAGCCCUCAGACUGGGGCAUCAACUAACUUUAGUGUCGAUAAAUUGAUCUCUUCCUCUGUCGAUAGCAAACCUCAUGAUGAUGUGAUCGAUUUAAGUAAUCGCAGUUUGUCCCCUAAUGAUUCUCUGGCUGGAUCUGUUGGUAGUAAACUGAAGACAUUUCGAUGCCCGUCUUGUGCGUGGGAAGGAGUAGAUAGUUGGUGUCUGCGGAGGCACAUGAACGUGCACCUGAAAUCUUUUGAAUGCCCGGUGUGCGAGUUUAAAGCAGGAAAGGCAGAGCGUUUGUUCACCCAUGCUUAUCGAGCUCACAAAAAGCUGGUCUGCACCAAGUGUAAAUUUCUCACUGAUCUUGCACAGGAGUUUGAGGUUCACAUUAAAGAUUGUUGCCUGGAAAUCGUUGUGGGCUCUAGGGUAGACAAAACAUCUGAAGAGAGCCAAAAUGAAAGUGAUGAUGCCAGCUCAGAUCGUAAACAAAAUCCCACGAAUGCCAGUCCAUCUGAAAUGCAACAGAUGCCACCAUUCGUCUUGCCUGAACAUCGGAUGGGAUUCGACGUCAAGGGUUCCGUUAGUCUUAUGCCAUUGCAUAAUAGUAUUUCUUAUUGUUAUCCUGCCUCGCCUCGAUAUCCUCCUGAUUUCAUGAACGGCCUGAAUGAUGGAGUUCCGGACGUAAGGGUUGAGGCCUGUGCUGAUAUUAAGACGACAUCUUCUGUAAACUGCAAAGUAGAAGUCAAACCUGAGCUUGCAUCUCCAGUUCAAAGUUCUAGUGAUAGCGGAGUAGCAGAUGUUGCCAGUGAUAACAACGAUCAAGAUAUAGCAUGUUGGCAUUGCGGAUGUGAAUUUGCAAAUCUUUCUUCUUUAAGCACUCACACAGAGCUGUAUCAUCGCGAGGACUUGAAGGAAUCCGGGGUGCAGAACAGUUCACAAGAACACGUAAAUCGAACCAAAAAGUUUUCGUGUGCCAUCUGCAAUUUCAAUAGCGACAAACAACGGACCAUCAUAGAACAUAUGCGGUUCCAUACGGGUGAAGUCCUCUAUUGUCGAGCUGGUCCCCAAUGUGCCUUUCAAACUGUUUGCGAUUCCACCCUUGAGAAGCACGUGGAAGAAAUGCAUGCUGAUGGAAUGAAGAGAUGUCCUCACUGUGGUUUUCUUUGCACAGAUAAAGUCACUUUCAUCAGACACUACAGGAAGUGCCACCAUUCCAAAUCGUGCCAUGUCUGCAGAGAAAUAAAACACAGUUUUGUUUCGAAAACCAAUAAGAACUGCGAACUUGGUUCCUUGUCUAAAAGUAGCGAUAGUCUAUCAAAUCCAGACGUAGUUCGACCUUAUCUUCAUCACAAUCCCUACUCUAAAAAGGCUAAUGCUAUAUCACCAUAUGCGCAUUGCAAUGCUGCCAUGUCUAAAGUGGCUGUAGCCAUACCACAAUCGUUGCAAAACGUUGUUGCAGAGAGCAUGGUUGCACCAACUCGUCAUCACCCAGCAGCAAACCACAAACCUCGUAAGCAGUCAACACCUAGAAAGUUGCUGCAGGUUGGACCGACUUCUCAUCACUUGCCAUCGCUGAACUUAGGGGGUUUCAUCUGUGAUAUGAACAAAGAAGUAAAACGAGAAAAAUCGAAGAAGCGAUCAUCUGUUACGCGUUACAGGAAAAAGCUGCUCAAGUAUGUUAAAGUACCUUCAAAGCGUUGUGUAUUAAACCACGUUCAUCCUUUUAUAUUCAGGAAUAAUAUAAAUUUCGUUCGUCAUCUCUAUUGGUAUCAUCAUUCAAAAAAGUGCUUCUGCUACAAAUGUGGAAGCAACUUCAAACAUUUGUACCAGGUUUUGUUGCAUCGUAGAAGGGAGCAUGAAACUCUUUCAUAGCACCGGUGCUUUCUGUGCAAAUUUAUUUCCCUGUGAAUAUUUAUAAGAAAUUUAAUCAUUCUAUAUUCAUAACUGUGAUACGAAUUAUAUGGAAAGAAAUCGGUUAUGCUUUGAGAGAAACAAAAUAUUUAAUUAUAUUCAGAACUUUUAGUAUUUUUGUUCUCAAUAAUAUUAGGCAGAUGAAAUCAAGUUUAUAAUAAGUUAUCUGUUUACAAACUUGAACAUUUUAAUAUUUGUUAUUUGAAAGCUGUAGUAUAAACACACAUCCUGUUUAGUUAUUUAGAAUUAGUUGUCUUCAUAAAUUUCAGAUUUCAUAAAGGAAGGAUGAACAAACCGACAAGCAAAAAUUAUAAUUACUUAAAUUGACGGAACGGAAAGUUUUUCAGUGCUUGUGGAAUUCGUAGUUCUUGAAUGUAUUUUUAUACUUAAUGAAAGUACUGAAGAUUUUACAUUCAACUAGAUUCAAAUGUUUGAGCUCAUGGGAAAAUAUAUGAAAUAAUUGAUAAAAACAUUUUAACCAUUCAGUUCAUUUAAAGUUUUCUAAAAUGUUUCAUGUCAAUAUAUAUUUUGUUUCAAAUCAAAUAUUUUAGUUUAAAUCAUGAUAACUUUAAAACACAGUUUUUUUUUUUUUUUUUUUUUGUCAAACUUCAAACAAAAAAUCUGUUUCUAUUUUGUGAUAUUUUUAAAAGUUUUCUUUACCAAGUUUAUACUUUACCAAUCUUGGUAAAGAUAUAAUUUCUAUGAAAAAAGUAAGUUUGUUUUAUGUGAACUUAUGGAUAAUUAAUUCCUUUUUUCCGAAUUUUGUUUUUAUUUGAGAGCAAUGGGGAUAAAUUUUAGCAUUAAAUUACAUGUUUAAAUACAGGGCUGACUCGAAGUCUGUGAGCCGUUCUUUUUUUUUUUUUUUUUUUUUUUUUUUGUGAAAAAUGAA